UGCAGGCCUGGGUCUGCAGUGGAGCUGUGCGCCCUCAGAACUCAGUUGCCUCAGGCAGCCAUGUGAUUCUGACCAUGGACGAUGUUCUCUCACUUCUGAAGAGCUGCAUUGAGCCCUGGCUGAGCUUUGGCUCAGAGUACUUAGGUGCUGUCCCCAGCUUCAUCCUGCUCAAUGUGGUGGGGCUGUUGCUGCUCUACCUUUGUUACCUGCUGUUACCAACCAAGCACCCAGGAAGAGCCACAACGAAGAGGAAAGGUGGAACAUUUAGAGGUUGGAGAUCUCACAAGAGAGAAGCAGAGGAGAGAAAGAAGCUACUUAACAUUCUGAAAAGACCCCUGGGCCACCACCAUGACAGCACACACUUUCGUCACAUGUUGUGUCCAGACCCCUCCUGUGAGGUGUGUAAUAGAACAACAGCAGAGAUCCAGCAGCUGCUGUCCCAGGAAUCCCUGCAAGAUGCUGCUCUCUCUGAGUAUUUUUCAUCCUCCACUGAUUCUAUGAUUGAGACCUCAGUAUGUCUCACCUCUGACCUCUCCACAAUUCCUCCAGGAGAUGCAACAGCAUUCCCUCUGGCUGAGCCCUCUCCACCACCCUGCUCAACUGUCUCAACUAACCUGGAUACCUCCUGUGAGGACUUCAUCUCCCCCUCCAAUCUGGGUGAUUCUCUACCCCCAGAGCUUACUCCUUGCCUGGAUUUCUCAUUCCCAGGGAGACAUGUCUUAUUGCAACCACCUGGUAUUCCCACUCCUCCCCCCAAAACAAAAGACAUUCACUCUACUAACCUGGCAGCAUUGGAAAUCUGGAAUCAGGCACAUACCAAGGAUUUGCCAACAUCAAACCUGGCACAAGGUGAUGCCAAGAAAAACAUUCUUGCCCUCCAUUCAUCCAAAGCAUCCAGUGGAGUUGCACCUACAUCCGUACUUUCAGCUCCUAACCUUUCCUUGUUGAGCCAGUCCUGCAAGGCCCACAUUCCUGUCUCCAUCCUUCCUGGAGAAUUUUCCCUGAACAGUGAGAUUCGGGAGAAACUAGAGCACCACCUCCAAAAAAGGCUCGUCCAAUACCAGUGUGGCCUGCCUCGCAGAGUCUGUGAGUCUCUGUCCCUGGUUAGUAUUCAGAGUGACAUUUCUGGAACAUCUGAAUCGAAGAGCAAUCAGGGACUCUCGGGGAUUUGCUUGUUUAAGGAUCAGAGCAUCAGAGAUACCGUGGUUCUGAAAUUGAGUCCACCUGGAAGCUUCUGUGAGAGGAUCUUGGGAAUGCUUCUACCAGAAAAGGGUGAGAGGAUGGUGAGUCUGUCAGGAAACAAUUCAAGGACCUCAUGGAUGAGCCUAAAUCAGCAAAAAUGUAAAAAUGCCCUGGAAACCCAUUUGAAAAGGAAAGUUAUGGAAAUAAAGGAGAAUCACAUCCCUCGUAUUGUGUAUAAAUCAUUGCAUUCCCUUAAGCAUUCAUGGGCUUCUGAGAAACCUUGUAGUCAAGAACAUCAAGAUCUGGCCAAAGUGAUCAGUGUAGCCAGCAAUAUCGAUACCUCCUGCCAGCUUGCUUUCCUUGGUCCUAGCAAGCAAAAGAUGUUGGAAGACCAUAUUCAAAAUUACCAUGAUAGGAUAACAUGGGGCCUUCCCGAGAAGGUCCUUGAAAUCACAGAACUCUUUAAAAUGAAAGAGAACUCCCAAGCUGGUGUCUCCAGACCCUGUACACAAAGCUCCAUGUUUUUGCAUGGAGACAAGGUGAGAAGAAUCUCUGUUACCAGUUCAGAUCACCAAUUCUCUGCCACCUCACCCAUAUACAAACCCUUUAGAGAAGGGUCUGUGGCUUUGCAUGAAGACAAGGCAAGGACAAGAACAUCUGUGCCAAGUCUGAAUCGUCAUGUCUCUGCCACCUCAGCUGUCUGUAAGCACUCUAAAGGAGACUGUACAGCUUUGCAUGGAGAUAAGGCAAGAACAAGAAUCUCUGUCUCCAGUCCAAAUCGGCAUGUCUCUGCCACCUUACCCAUGUGCAAGCCCUACAGAGAAAGUUCUAUGGCUUUGCAUGAACACAACAUGAAACCGAAAACAUCUGUGCCAAGUCUGAAUUGCCAUGUCUCUGCCACCUCGCCCAUAUGCAAGCCCUACAGAGAAAGUUCUGUGGCCUUGCAUGAAGACAAGGCAAGGACAAGAACAUCUGUGCCAAGUCUGAAUCGCCAUGUCUCUGCCACCUCCGCUGUCUGUAAGCCCUCUAAAGGAGACCGUACAGCUUUGCAUGAAGACAAGAAGAGAACAAGAAUGCCUGUCCCGAGUGUUGAUCGUCCUUUCUGUGUCACCUCAGCUGCACAUAAGAUCUCUAAUAAAGGAGGACCUAUAGCUUUGCAUGGAGACAAGGAGAGAGCAAUAAUCUCUGUCCCUGGUGUGGAUUAUCAUCUCCCUUCCACCUCUCUUGUGAUCAAGGCAAACAUCUGUGCUUUGUCUGGUCAGUUAGCCAAGGGCAGACAGUAUUCCUUAUCCAUUCCUAACUUUGAUAAUGCUUUGACCAGGUCAUCUUGUAAGCCUCCUUGA